GCCCUUCGAAGCACCUUCGAGGGAGCAGCGUACUCCUUAUAUACACUAUCCUAGUGGGCCAUAAGGCCCUAUCCGUACUAGUGCCUCCUACCCCUGACACAGUUAAUCCGUGGAAAUAGUCGGACAAAGCAUGGUCGACGAACACAGCGCAGCUCCAGCAGACUGCGGGGCUCACAGCCACGGCGUGACAGUUGCCCGUUAUCAUAGCCGGACUCAACAUACACGACUUCAGACUUCUUGCUGUCACUUAUCUCGACAUAAAACAAGUAUCUAUAAUGUCCUGUUUAUUAUGUGCAUCUAUUCGAUAUUGAAGCUGGCGAAGGGGGAAACGUUGGGAGUUCGGUACUUGCAUAAAGCCGCUGGUUUCGGAGAGGCUGGACGCUGCAAGAAUUACGAGCCCCUGAAUGUAAGUAUUGUUUUCUUUGAUCGAAACUGGAAGGCCUUCGGCAGAUUCAGAUGCGAUAAUAUUGCCUUGCAUCGACUGGACAUGAUCGAAAUGCUGCCUUCCAUAACGCACAUAAACAAGGACAUACUACGUCGUAGAGAUCAAAUAGAAUAUGUCAACGCAGCCGGCAAACCACCUACGAGUCGAUAAAUGCGUAUCUACAACAGGUCUCGACAGACGGAUAGAUAAUUGGAGGUGCCUGGGACAGCACUAGGUUAGUCCCUAUUACUCAAUCACGAAGUAGACAAAGGUUAGGUAGAGGUACACAUGAGAAUACGCAGCAG